AUGUGGCUGCCCGACGAGAAGCCAUGGUUCGAGUUGUACUUCAACCUGUUCGUCGCCGAGUUGCGUUUUCGUAGCAUACCUAUUCUCCAGGCGCUCCAGGUUCUCGUCGAUUUCAACUUACCCACUGAACGGGGCGCCAUCAAGACCAUCCAGGUCUCCACUCCGGAUGCGGAUGAGGGCGGAUCACUAUUCCAUCCCGUCCAGCGCUGUACUGGCAACGACUUCGGAGCAUCGAUUGCUCUCAAGUUCGACCAGGUCAAUCUGGAAACCGCCAUCGACCCGAAGCUCCCGAAGCUUCUGGAGGAGCUUGCGCACGAGGAGAAGAAGAUCUCGGGCGAAAUGUCCGUCAGAUAUGCCUCCAUACUGGAGCCCGUUGCACAAGAAGAGAAGAAGAUCUUGGGCGAAAUGUCUGUCAAAGUUAGCCACGCACUCCUCGAACUGCCUGGUCAAGACUUCAACGCUCACCAGCUGGCGAGCAAAAAGAGGCAGUCCUCCAAGAGUAAAAACAGUAUCGAUGUAAUCGAGCGCUUCAUUGCCAGUGGCGGGAGGUCAGUGUCCAUCGCUGCCCUGAUGAAUGAGUUCUGGAACCUCUCCAGCGAUGGCGUAUUCCGCCCAAACUCCGCCACAAUCAUGAUGUCUUAUGGCAUGCACCGGGCAGGCUAUAAAGAUCCUCCGAAGGGAGUGGUGCUCUUAACACCAAUGGUACGAUCUCUGCGUCUUUUCGCCCUUUGGUGA